AUGGAAACCCACUUGCUGCUCGGGCUCGUAGCUUUUGUCCUUUGCGUGAGGCCCCAUAAAUCGGAGACCAACUCCCUGGCCACCCAAUUCAGCACGCCAGGGGACUUUGUGAUUGGCGGAUUGUUCGCGUUCCACUCCAAGGUGCGGUACAAGACCCUGGCGGAGAUCCCCACAUGUUACAGCUUCUAUGCGCAUGGGUACCAAACGCACCUCGGCAUGCGCUUCGCCAUUGAAGAAAUCAACAACUCCCCCUCCCUGCUACCCGGCGUCAAACUCGGCUACGAAAUCCACAACACCUGCAGCAACGUGGUCGUUGCGACCAAGCCAGCGGUUGGCUUCCUUUCCAAAUCCCCUGGGGACAGCGGCCCCGAAGUGCAGUGCGAUUACACAGACUACAAGCCCCGCAUCAUUGCCGUCGUGGGUCCGGACAGUUCGGAACUGAGCGUGGUGCUGUCCCGGCUACUGAAUUUCCUUUCCAUCCCUGAGGUCAGCCAUGCGAGCACCAGCGAGACCCUGAGCGACAGAGGGCUGUACCCCUCCUUUUUCCGCACCGUCCCCAGCGACAAGAGCCAAGCUGACGCCAUUGUCCAGCUCCUGCGGAAAUUCCACUGGAACUGGGUGGCCGCCCUGGCGAGCGACGACGAAUACGGCCGCCGGGUGCUGGAGGUCUUCGUGCAGGCGGCCCUGUCCAAGGACACGUGCAUCGCCUUCGAGGCCAUCCUGCCCAGCGCCCCGACAAAAACAGAGAGGCGGAAGCAGCUGGCCAAGAUCGCCAGCCAGCUGGUGGAAUCCCGCAUCAACACCACCGUUGUCUUCGCACCCCCCGCCAAAGCCGAGGAGCUGUUGACGGUCGUGCUCGAACGAGGGCUAGCCGGCAAAGUGUGGAUCGCCAGCGAGUGCUGGGCCACCGCCGCCACCCUUAGGUUCAUUCCAAACUUGGCCAGUUUGGGAACUAUUAUCGGGAUUGGGGUGAAAAGCGGGAGGAUGCCUGGCUUCCUGGAGUAUGUACGACGCAUCCUAGCUGGUCCUGAGCAGGGCCAGGAUAGCUCCGCCAUAGGCUGGGAACAUGAGCAGUGUCCCGAAUGUGGGCGCCUGACCCUCGCCAACCUCUCCGACAUUGUCUACGGCGCUAAGUUCCACGAAACGUUCAGCGCCUAUAAAGCCGUCUAUGCCGUGGCCCAUGCGCUCCAUCAGCUGCUCCGGUGCAACGUUACGAGCCAGAGAUGCAACAUGGACCAAGAGGUCUACCCUUGGCAGCUGCUGGAAGAAAUAGCCAAAGUCAACUUCACUGUGGAAUCGCAGCCAGUUUAUUUCAAGAAUGGCAAUCCGCCAACGGGUUACGAUCUGGUUCUCUGGAGAUGGAACACCACCAGUAACACCACCAGUAGCUUUGAGUUUGUUUCCAUCGGCAGCUACGACACUUUGCAACGCGAGCUCACCCUGAAUGAAUCCAAGAUCCAGUGGCACACGAGAGAUAAAAAGCCCCCAAUAUCCAGAUGUUCGCAGGACUGCAUGCCCAGCCAGAAGAGGCAUUUAAGAGGCGAACACAACUGCUGCUAUCAGUGUGAGGACUGUCCAACCGGUUACUUCCAGAACAAAAAUGAUCCAAGCGAAUGUACCCAGUGCCCCAAACAGCAAUGGUUUCUCGAGGAGAACAGUACGUGCCAGGAUAGGACGAUUGAGUACCUGGAGGUGACCGAUCUACUCCCCGUCAUCAUGCUGAGCCUGACUAUCUUGGCCCUGGCUCAGAUGGUGGCCAUCGCUGGCAUUUUCGCCAAAUACAGGAGCACCCCGGCAAUGCGCUACAUCGGCAGCUUCCCGACUUUCCUGCUCAUCCUCUCUUCGGCUUGCUUCUGCAGCAGCUUCUUCUUCUUCACGAUCAAGCCCUCCCUCUGGGUCUGCCAGCUCCGGCAGCCGUUCUUCUUCCUCAGCUUCACCGUCGGCUUGGCCACGUUACUCGGGAAAGUCGCGCAAAGCUCCGGACUCGACCGAACCCUGAAGAGCCCUUUGUUGAAGAGAUAUUCACUGGCUCUCUGCGUUCUCGUCAACGCAGCCGUUCAGAGUCUUCUCUGCAUCUCCUGGUAUCUCUGGGACCCGCCGUCCUUGGAGGAGAGCACCAACUUGGAGAGAAGCAUCCUGUUGCAGUGCCAAGACGUCUCUUUCCCCGGCUUUGGCCUUCUUCUCGCUUACAGCUACUGCCUAGCGGUCGUCUGCUGCAUCUGCUCCUUCUGGGGAAACAGCUCCCAGAGGGCCCACGAUAAAGCCACCAAGGCCAUCAACUUCGCCAUGGUCUUGAUCAUCAUCAUCUGGACCCUCUUCGUGCCCACGUACGCCACCUCCCAAGGAAAGUUCGUCUCCUUGUUCCAGGCAUUUGCAGGCCUAGCGAGCGUCUUCGCCAUUUUUGGCUCCUGCUAUUACCAGGUGUGCUAUGUCGUACUCUUUGCACCCCACAUGAAUACCGACAGCCAUUUCUGCAGCCUGCCUCAGAAUCCUCCUGCUGAGGACGAGUCCGACACGGCAGAAAUCAAGUAG